AUGACGAGUGAAACACCCCCUCUCUCUCUCUCUCUCUCUCUCUCUCUCUCUCUCUCUCUCUCUCUCUCUCUCUCUCUCUCGUCUAUAUGCGAGUGCCUUGAUUUUGAAGCUCCGCUAUGGACGAGGCAUUCCAGUGAGACACACAAGUUGCUACUGAUCAGCGUUGUCACCGCACUACGGCUAGGCAGUGCCGAGUUUGUCGCUCUACGCCCACCCUGCUGUGUUGUCGAUCCUGCAAUUUUCGAGUUCAAAUCGAAGAGACUGAACGCAAGGGCGUCGUGGGGAAAAGGCAGCUGCAUUCACAUUGUCCAAGCGCAACAGCACACCACACAGCAAAGCAAAGCACAGGAUCAGGGCAGACACCCGCAUAGGCGAGCUUUGUCUCGGUUAGAGAAAGAAGAGCUUUCAGACACGGGAGCAAAUCGAUCAAUCGACACAAACCCUCGUACAAACGUAGUCUCUUCCCCUUUCUCACCUGAAUUCAAGCACGAACAAAGAGGCUACCUUCGCUUUUCCCCUUGA